AUGCACGAUUUUAAACAAAACAUUCAAAAUAAUUCCUCUCUUACUAUAAUAAACAACGGUUUUCAAAACUCUCAAUCAGUUUCUCAACCUUUACAAACUCUUACUUUACUUCAAACGAACGGUGCUUCUUCUCAACUAAACAUCUUGAACAUUUAUAACUCUAAACCAUGUCACCCAUGUCAUUCGUGUCAUGAUAAUUAUUUUGACCAAACGGUUCCUUCCAAGACACAACAACAACCAUGGUUGACAAAUCAAUAUAUAAAUUCGGUUACGAAUCAUGAUAAUAUCGCUUCAGGAGAUUUUGAUUUAUUUGAAAUACCUCAAGGUGAACAAGAUAAAACCACUGAUUUUCAAAUGGGUGAAUAUAUGCGUUCCGAUAUUCAGAAUACAUCUUCGCCUCUUACUCCUUUGGACUCAACUAAUCUUUGUGGUGUAGAAGAUACUUCCUCUGGAAUGUAUUCGCUUGGCAUUAACAAUAUUCACGAAUCAAUUAUGAAUGAG